GUUUGAUGGUCCUAGGCUCCGGCCUAUACGGAUUCAUUGGACAGUGCUACUAAGGAGUCUGACACCAGGAAGAAACAGCUUGGUGAUGCUUCCAGUCUUUCAUUGUUUACUCAGCUGACGCUAGGGAGUGAUUAAUACCACCUUGAGGACAGUCACUGGAAAUAUUUUGUACUUUCAGUUCAGACCAAAAACAUAGAUCAAAGAUACAAAAGGUAAUCCCAACAACAAGAAGUUUAAGACUCAGUCCAAUUUAACACUGGCGAAGUAUUUGAAUUUGUGCCCUUAACGCGGCAAUAAAGUCUUGCACACACCAGGAAGAUGUCAUCAGGUAUUAAACCCACAGUAGAAUGUGAAAAUUUGUACAAAAGCUUGAAAAUGGGCAAUACUUACCGUUACAUUCUGUACGUUAUUUCCGAUCAACAAGAGAUCGUCGUGGAGAAGACUGCCAAAAGAGAUGCUACGUUUCAAGAAUUUCGUGAAGAUAUUUUGCGACUCGAAGGAAAGGGAUGCUAUGCUGUUAUCGACCAGGAAUGUGAAGGCACUAAAGGGUCAAAUCUGAUAUUUCUUUCAUGUGUACCCGACAGUCUACCGGUCAGACGGAGAAUGUUAUACUCUUCAUCGAAGGAGGCAUUGAAAAAAAGACUUGAAGGGCUCAAGGCUGACGUGCAUGUAUCUGAUGUCGCUGUGGUUACUGAAGAACUUCUGGUUAAUGAGGUAAAGAAGAAAUCCGUGACAUAAAAAACAACAAACAAAUUCCUUUAAUAACAUUACGCACGGACCUAAAUGCACGCCUAACGCUACUGCAUUACUCUUAAGUGAAUGUCAAUUUGAUGUGUAAAAUACGUGCUGACUAUAAACUGUCACUAAAUAGAAAGCUAAUUUUUAUAUGAUACUCACCUUUUAUAAGUAAGUUGGUCUGUCCUUGUGUAACAGCUUGAUUACAUUUAUUUUGGCGUGAUGUUUUGCAUAGAAUGUAAUAUAAUACCCUAAAUAAGUUAAGAAUUUUGUCUUCCAAGCACAUAAAGUCAUCAUCAACAUAAGACCAGGCAUUACUGCGUAACGGUCCGAGUUGCCACACCUCAUACCAGUUCACAAAGUACAAACGCAGUGGGGUGGUGCUAGAUGAAGAUAAGAAAACUCAGUCUGAAGAAAUAUAAAGUACGGAAAGAGAAAGGAAGCAUGAGAAAAUGAAGUUCGACAUAAUGUUCAGAUGAGGAUAAUAUUUGUAUACAUCUGCACCACUGACUUCUAUUCUGAGCUAUACCACCUAGUCUCCAACCUCUGAUGCCUCUUGUCCCGUGGACCCCAACCGGCUAGUCUACAUCACCCCACAUGACUCAAACCAACAGUCAGAGACUUCAUACAUUGGUGCCAUGUUUUAGUCUGGCCACCUCGGGCCUUUCUCCAGCCUGGACCCACCUCAGCCAACAUUGUGUGACGAGGCAAUCGGUGACUAGGCACACGUAGUACGUGUCCCAACCAUC